AUGCAACGCUGCCGGGCUUUGGCGACCGGUGGCGUGGCGAGGCGUACGGGAGGACGUGGGGAGCGGCGAGGGGGAGCACUCAGGCAGCGCGCCAUCUCCGCCUGUCACCGCCAUCACUUCGCCUCUGCAUCUGCCGCACUCCCGGAGAGGGAAAUCGGCCUGGCACCAGCAGAGGCGACAACAAAAGAGGAGAAACAAAAGAGUCCCUACAGCCGCAAGGCCUGCGUUGGCUCCCUGGACUCGGUUGUAUACGACUACGUGGUGGAUGUGGGCGUCAAGGAGUCGCCCGUGCAACGCGCGUGUCGAGAGCACACGUCGGCAAUGAGGGAGGGCCACCUGCAGAUAUCGCCUGACCAAGGCGCAUUCCUUGGUUGGCUCGUUAGAGCGCUUGGAGUGCGCAAGGCCGUGGAGGUGGGCGUGUUCACCGGCUACUCGUCUCUGUGCAUUGUAGAAGCGAUGAAAAGCGAUGGUAGGUUGUAUGCGUGCGAACUGAGCGAGGACUACGCGCGAACAGCGAGUGCGUACUGGCGCGAGGCCGGUGUGGACGACAGAGUUGACCUACGAUUAGGGGCCGCCAUAGAGAGCAUGGAGCGUCUUCUGGCGGAACACGGGGCCUCGUUCGACUUUGCGUUCAUCGACGCGGACAAACGGAACUAUGGGAUCUAUUACGAACUGGCGCUGAAGCUGCUACGACCCGGUGGCACAAUCGCAAGGUCGCCGACCUGA